AUGAACAACCAUCUACUUUUACCGUUGCUUUUCCUCUCAACCACUUCUUUGACCUCGGCUGACAAAGGUGAUCUCAGCAUUGCCUUAGGCUUCAACGACCAGCGUUGGCACGCCCUUCCCUUGCUCUUUGAUAUAACGGCUCAAGACUCUUUCGUCCUCGACACCGCUUACUUUGCCGAUAAAGCCGGUCGCAACAAUACUUUUGAUCCCAACAGUUCCAUUAAUUUCAUCAAAGGAUCUUCCGAAUUUACUCUCAAAUACGAAGCAAAAUACAGUAAUGGAGAAAGUACUGUGCAUGGAUUUGUUGGGAAAGAUAUGGUGUUUGUAAAGCCGCCUUAUUGGUUUUUGGGAGAUUUCGGAAUUGUCAGCGAAUUUGAAGGAAACAAUCCAGUCUUGCAGAGUAAUGGAGCUUGGACUGGAGGAAGAAUUGGGUUGGCCAGAAAGCAGAAGAAUAAGUAUGGGUUGGUUUCGCAGAUCUUUCAGACUUAUGAGGAUCUGAAUGUGUGCAUGUACUACUACAGGAGAGAUGAGUAAGUUUGUUUUGGAAAUAUCUUGGUUUUCAGUUUAGAGUGUAGGCGUAGUUGAUGACAUUGCUUAAAUUUUUAUUAAAUUUGCCUUGAGGCUUCUCCCUGGUUCCAAAGGAGGUUGAUGGGCUGUAUUUCUCAACAUAUCCUUCAUUAUUAAGGCUGAUUACACCUCAUUUCCAGCGGGUACUGGUUCGCUCUCGAUCUUCCCAAGCCCAUGUACCAGAAGAAGGAUCUCCGGGGCAUCCUCAACGCCAAAGAUAAUGCAGAAGGAUUAUGGGAAUUGAACGUCAACAAGUUCUCAUUCCAGUCUUACCAAAGAGAAAGAGAUACAACUGCUAUUUUUACCACAACUUUCGACGGCAUUAAACUUCCGAAAGCUCACUUUACCUACAUCGUAAAGAACACUGAAGCCAAGCAAAGAGAGGACGGAAGAUAUGAGGUGAGAUGCCCAACUGAAGCCAGUCCACUUCCUUCCAUUAAACUGGGAUUUGAAGAUCUUACCGUCGAGAUUAAAGAUGUCAGCUACGCUCAAAAAGUGGGAGACGUAUGUAUCUUGAAACUGGAGGCCAUUGAUGAAGAUCUGUUUAUUCUGGGAAGCCCCUUCUACAUUGAUACUGGGGUCUGUUUGAAUUACAAUAAUGGCACUGUCGCCUUCUUCGAUCAUUUCAUGUAG